AAUGGGAUUAGUCAAUGAGUAAUGAUCUUGAAAUUAUUACCAGGUCGUUGACCAUGGUCUGGGACAUCUGCCAUAUACAGAAAAAACAGGUGGUCACUCCAACUGAGUCCGUGUAUAUUGGUGUAGAUUUCUGUAAGAGAUUAUGUGGUGUGUCUAUAAUCAGGAGCGGUGAGAGUAUGGAGAAUGCUCUGAGAGCAUGUUGUAAGGGAAUCAAGAUUGGGAAAAUUCUAAUCCACAGAGACGGAGACAAUGGCCAGCAGGUUUCGAUUCCCUCUAUGAUUGUCUUUCAUUUUUUAAUCAACAUAUUUCUAUGAUUCCAUUUUUUAAUCAACCUCUAUGAUAAACUAUUGGUGUUCCAGAUGCUGUUCAAAGAGGUGUACAACCAGAUCAGAUUAUUUUCACAGAUGUUGCCAUGAAGGGUGAACAUAUCAAGCGCAGUGCUUUAGCAGAUUUA